AACCAACUGUUAAGGACCAGGACGCUCCUACCCCAUCUGGAGUUCGUCAAAGGGACUAUGGGAAUCAACCUCAAGUAAGCGAGAAUGAGUAUGAAGAGAGCGACAGACCCUCUUGGAAUACAGGAGUUUGAAAAGACUUAAAAGAACUUUCUGAAGGCAGCUAUAACUUCCAUGAGGGCAGGGACCAUUGUCUGUACAUCCACUGUACUCCAAUCCUAGCACAAUGCGUGGCACAUAAUGUGCCCACCACAGACGUUUAGUGAACAAAAUAGCGACUGGCUGAAGGAAAUGAUGUGGAAGGGAAAAGUUAAAACCAAGAAAACGGUCGGUGGGGGAGCUACUGGCAUGUUUCAUGGGAAGGGGUAGAAAAAGAAAAAUGUCAGGUUUAGCACAGCAUUUCCAACAAAUAGACAAAAUUCUACCUAAGGGACAAAGAAGGACUGUUUUCAGGGUAUCUAGGGACUUGGAGACCGUUUUCCUGAAGCGCCACCUGAAGCGCACCCUGAGGCAGCCAGGCCCCGCCUUGCCCGCAGUGAGCUUCCCGCCCAGCCGCGCCGGCCUGAGGGGGGCGCCUCCGAACGCGCGGGCGCACGCUGAGAGCUGGGAGGACCAGGUGAGGGGGCCUCCGUCUUCCGAAGACAGGUGUAAAGAAUAUCCAGCUGGUGGCUACAGUUCCCCCUCUGGUUUUGCUGCCAUGCAUCCUGGGCGAACUACUGGUAAAGGGCCCUCCACUCCCACUCAGAUUGACCAGCAACCUCCACGGCUUCUCAUUGUGCACAUUGCUCUACCAUCCUGGGCUGACAUCUGCACCAACCUCUGUGAGGCUCUGCAGAACUUCUUCUCUCUAGCCUGCAGCUUGAUGGGCCCCAGCCGCAUGUCCCUGUUCAGUUUAUACAUGGUACAAGAUCAGCAUGAGUGCAUCCUCCCUUUUGUGCAAGUGAAAGGGAACUUUGCUAGGUUGCAGACCUGCAUCUCAGAACUCCGCAUGUUACAGAGAGAAGGGUGUUUCAGAUCACAAGGUGCUUCUCUGCGGCUGGCAGUAGAGGAUGGGCUCCAGCAAUUCAAACAAUACAGCAGACAUGUGACCACAAGGGCAGCUCUGACCUAUACCUCCCUGGAGAUUACUAUUCUGACUUCUCAGCCUGGAAAAGAGGUGGUCAAACAGUUGGAGGAAGGGUUGAAAGAUACAGACCUAGCCAGAGUCAGGAGGUUUCAGGUCGUUGAGGUCACAAAGGGAAUCCUAGAGCACGUGGACUCAGCGUCUCCUGUUGAGGAUCCCAGCAAUGAUGAGAGUUCUAUUCUGGGAACUGACAUUGACCUUCAGACUAUAGACAAUGAUAUCGUCAGCAUGGAGAUUUUCUUCAAAGCCUGGCUACAUAACAGUGGAACAGACCAAGAACAAAUCCAUCUUCUUCUUUCUUCACAGUGUUUCAGCAACAUUUCCAGACCCAGAGAUAAUCCAAUGUGUCUGAAAUGUGAUCUCCAAGAGCGACUGCUCAGCCCAUCCCUACUCGCUGGCACAGCUGACGGCUCCUUGAGAAUCGAUGACCCUAAAGGAGACUUCAUCACACUCUACCAGAUGGCUUCCCAGUCAUCGGCCUCUCAUUACAAGCUCCAAGUGAUCAAGGCUUUAAAAUCUAGCGGGCUCUGCGAGUCAUUGACAUAUGGACUCCCGUUCAUCCUCAGACCUACAAGCUGUUGGCAGCUGGACUGGGAUGAGCUGGAGACAAAUCAGCAACAUUUCCAUGCUUUGUGUCACAGCCUGCUGGUGGAAGUCUUGGAUUCUCAGCUCCUCCAACCACCACUACCACCACGCCCUCUGUCGCAGAAUCAACAUACACUCCCAGGGUAUAAGCAGCUGCAAUAAUUCCCUCAUCUCUCCGGACUCUUCCUUCUCUAGAGACUUAGCUACCGCUAGAUCUCAUUGCCUCAGCAACUCCUUACUGCCUUCCAACAAAUUAUCCAGCUUUUCCGAUUGUUCUAGGCAGGAGAACCAGUCUGCCUCUGGCCACUGUAACCCACUUAGAUGCAGAAGUAGAUGUUUAUUAAAUGCUCAUUUAUUCCCCCUUUGCUAUCUGUUCAGACAUACAGCACAUCUUCUAAGUUCCCCUUAGCCAGUUGGCCGGCUUCACCAUGUUUUCAUUUUCAGGCUCCUGGAUUUCCUUACAAGUGUGGGUAUUGCUCAGUUUAUUCAACCACUGCCUCUUCACUUGCCCUUAAGUCGUAGUGAUUAGUGCCAAUGUACCAGUCCUCAUCGACUAUAAAUGUUGUGUAACUUUUCAAAUUACAUUUUACAGAUACUCUAAGCCUUAGUCAAUCACAGCCUUGUUAUUUCAUUCCCUGAUUUUUCACUUGAAAAUUGUUUCUGUCUUCCUCACAGAUUAUUUUGCUUUAUUCAGGUAUUUCACUUGCUUUUCCUCAGAAAAUGAUCACUUCAUCGGAUAGGCAAGACUUUUCCCAGUCUUUUCUGAAAAAUAUGUGUUGUCCACCACUCCUGUAAAUGUCACUCUUAGAUUAAUACAGACCACAAGAAAGCUAUGUGUUUUGGCAGCAUUCUUUGGAGCUUUUAUAGAUCUAUAUCUAAGAAUUAUUCACGUAUUUUUAAUUUAACAAAGUUAAAUAAACAUUCAUAAUUAAAUGUAUUUUUCACUUUGAAAAGUUAACACUUCAUGGUGCUUACCAUGUACCUGACACAGUUCUAAACACUUCACAGCUACUAACUUAUUUUAUCCCCAUAACCAUUCUAUGAAGUAAGAAUUAUUAUCCCUGUUUUACAGAUGAGGAAACUGAGGCCCAGAGAGUAAAUGGUAGAGUAGGGAUUGAAAGGCUGGCUUCAGGCCCCAAACUCUACACCACUCUACAGCUACAUGAAAUUUAUCAGCAUAUUGAUUGCAGGAGUGCUCUGAAAUAUAUUCACUACUCAAUAAGAAGCCACAGACAGCUUCUCCCACAUUUUAUAUCAGGAAAAGCUAUGGGGCUCCCUUCUAGCAAAAGUGGGUGGUUUGUAUUUCUGUGAGCUUAUCUAAUCCUGGCUGUAUUAUUGCCCUACUUUUAUUUUUCUUUUACGCAGUCCCCUUAAUUAUUUAUUUUAUCUUUUUAUGCUGUUCCAUUUUUCUAAACUGGCAUAGCUGUUUUGUGGAAUGUGGUAGGAAAUAAAUAUAUAAAUAAAAUUAAUUUUGUCC